AUGGAUUUAGAUUGUUCAGACUGCAGUUCUACAUCAACGAUUAUUAGUUUGGAAUCUGAAAGAGAGUUAGACUUUGAUGAUGAAAUUGAAUUUGAUGGUUGGACUGAAAUUGAUAUAAGUACAAAUACUCCACAGCCACAAACUCCUUUUGAAUUCAUGGGAAAUUCUUCCAUAAAUGAAGAUGUUGCAUUGCUAACAACACCUCUGCAAUUUUUUAAUUAUUUUUUUGACGACGAAUUGGUUGGAAAAAUUGUUGAAGAAACAGAUGUAUAUUUUAUACAAGAACAGAGAACGGAGCCUUCAACGUCUGGUGCUGUAAUGGAUUGGAAUGUCACAGCAGCAGAAAUGCGAAUAUUUUUUGCAAUAGUGUUAAAUAUGAGUAUCGUAUACAAGCCAGAUGAAAAUAUGUAUUGGUCGAAAAACCCUAUUAUUGCCACUCCAUUUUUUUCCAAAGUAAUGUCCAAUAGGCGGUUCAAAUUGAUCAAAAAGUAUUUACAUUUUAUGAAUAAUGAAACCUAUAAUUCUGAUUUACAUCCUUAUCCGAAACUGAAUAAAAUUUGGCCUGUAUAUGAUUUUCUGAAUAAAAAUUUAAAACUGCUUAUACCCUUCAAAGGGAAAUUACAAUUGACGAAAGCCUAA